AUGGAAGCUGUCGCUGAGAGACUAACGAAAUCGAAAAAUAUGUCUGAGGAGCUUUCAGGUGUGACAGUAGUAAUAAUAAUAGGACUUGGAGUACUCACGUUCCUGUUGCUGUUUAUAUUUGCUAAGAGGCAAAUUAUGCGAUUUGCGCUCAGGUCGAGAAGGGGGCCACAUAUUCCUAUAGGCCAUGACGGGUCUAAGGUGUUGAAACGAGAAAUCGAACGAAGGAUUGAUUUAAUCAAAAAAAUAGAAUGCGAACCACGUUUAAUAACGUCCGAUCCGAGAUAUAUAGUAUGUCCCGGACAGCAAAUUCCUGCACACUACUACAGAUUAAAAGCUGUAGACGACGUUAAAAUCCUCGAACAAGAAAUUACGAAGCAAGACAAUUGUUUAAUCAGACACCCCAGUGAGAAUUUAAGAGCCUAUCUUCUAACGACUUUAGCGGCCCCGUUGAACGGCAGCGGCCAACGAUUGAUACACGAAUUCUGCGAUAUGUACGAGCACGCCAGGCACGAUCCCAAUCAUUUCGGAGACGAGGAUUAUCAGCAGUACAACAGGCUCUUGUUGAAACUAAUAGACGCGGCAAAAUUGCUGAAGUCGUACAAUACGAGCAGGAAGUCGUCGCCUAAUCGUACCCCGCAGAGAAGGCUCUUGGUCGAGAGGAACAGGAACGCGCAUUCGCAUUAUCAAGCUGAAGAUGAAAUAUUGAGCGUAUCGGAGCGCAUAGAUUCGAGACCGACUUCUUUAUCGAUUUUGCCUUCCGCCGAUGAUGAAACUUCCGUGUGA